AUGCAAUUCUUCUUCUUCCUCCUAGCAACCUUCACGCUUCUGAUUUUCAGAGUAAACGGACAGGGAAACGCGCCUGAAGUAAAUCGGGUCGGCCUGACUCGCAGCGAAUCCAUGCCUAUGAGGAUACAGAGACGCGGUAGUUCUUCGCUUGUUAGUAAACUCGCUAAGGGCUUGAAGAUCGGAUCCCCGGGGAAAAGUGUGCCUCAAAAGGUAGCUUUCAAAGGGCCAUCAAAAGACUUCGAUCCGAGCUCCGCCGCCGCUACCAAGACUAUACCUGACGCGCUUCCUGGAGCCCAAAUACCCAAGACUCACCCCGAUACGAUCAAAACGUCAGCCAGUAAGACGAGCGCAAGCCCGAUGAGCAAGAAAAACGAGGCACCCGAAAUUCGUCCGGGGCAGCCCUAUCGACCAUCUGAGGCGGCGGCCGAUCAAACGAAACCGGAAAAAAAGGAUGACGAUGAGAAGGAGAAGUCGUCGAAAGUUUCUACCGUACUCAAUGGCGCAAAGAAAGCCUUCGACAUUCUCAAACCUGAAAGCCCGAACGAAAAAGACGCCCCCAGCGAAACAUCUGAAGCUUCGACCUUUUUGAAAUUGAAGAACGAAGAGUCGGGCCUAGUCAAGGAUGGAGGCAAAGAAACUGAUAGUAUGGGCCCUACAACAUCUGAUUGAUUUCAGCUAUUAAAAAAUUCAAAACACUUUAACAUGCCUUUCCUGAAUAUUCAUAUUUCAUUCUUUCUCACUCGUUG